AUGUCUACAUACCAGGAAUUGCCGAAAAGUCUUUGGACAGCGGUUAAAAUCUUGGCUGAGAAUGAGAAGAAGUACCAAGUCUUGUGGGCAGGUUGCGAUCUUGCUGGGAAGCCAUGGCCACCAAGCUGGGUACCCAAGGAUGGCUGUGCUCAGCACCUCGUAAAUGAAUGGAAGAAGGCUAGACCGCAGCCUGCAACUGAGAAUCUGGCUGCGGCAGCUUUGACUGCAACCUCAAAAGCCCAGCCCUCCAAGCGCAAACACACGCAUAGCACCCAGGACGGUGCUGAAAUAUCAGCAGAGUUGGACCGGGCAAAGAAGAGGCGGAGCAGCUUCAUCCCUUGGGCAGAACGCAGGUUAAUGCGGUCACAGCCUGAUGCUGCAGUUCGCCUGCCUGCCAUCCACAAUACAGACUUUGCUGCAGACAAGGCUGUCAAUACUUUUGAACACCAUUCGAACGCAUCAUCCCUGGCAGCUACUGUGGAGGCAGAGCCUUCGCAGUCAAAGUCUUUGCCUCUCAAACCUGUGGUAGAUGAAAUCCAGGCUGCACCUACCGUUAUGCACGCAUCUUGGACACUUGCAUCGCCUUCCCUUGCCAGUCUCCCAGCUUUUGACCUUGCGGAGAACUUAAGGGCCGUACACAAACUGGCGGCAGGAAGCUCGAAAAUUUUCUCCUUUGGAAUCAGCGCUGAAGCCAGUCCGAACAAUAAUGAUAUUUUUGUCAUUAAUGAAGGGGAGACUGGUUUCGAUGAUGCCACCAGGUCAGCCUUGGAAAGUGCCAUCAGAAGGGUAUUGUAUCCCGCCAACCAUGAAAAUCCUGAAAAGCCUAGUCUAAGUGCCAACGAUUCUAUAGAACUCUGCUCUGGAGAUGAAUCGGACGAGACUGAGAAUGAAGAAGAAGGCUUGCGAGCCCUUGUGGCUGAGCAAAUAGAGAUUGGAGCAGAAAGGGAUGAAGAUGUGCAAAUUGCACUUGAUGAGCUUUUGGAAGGUACUGCCAAUGCUUCGUCUGAUUUGGGUCACAACGAUCAUCGGAAAGCAUCUAGUAAGAGUUCCAAUUGCACUCUGCUUCUGUCUAAGAAAGCAGGAUCGCAUGGAAACCAAGAUGGCUGUAAGGACCUUUCAGGAGCAGCGGCUGAUGUUCCUCUGUUGAACUGUGAUUCAGCGUUGGGUGGAUCUGAAUGUAGUAUACCUUUUCAAACCAAUCUCCCCGCUCAGGUUGACCCAAGUAAUUGGAAUAUUGACAGACCGUCGCUGUCUUACUCCCACACUGCAUUCCAAUUUCCCGAAGUGGCUACUAUAGCCCCCCAAUCAGACGUAUGCCUCAAGAACUUUGGUAUCAAUCUGCUAUCUAACCCCAGGAGAAAGCGGGUAUGGUCUGGCUUGCAGGGGUUCCGUUCACAUCGCACAACAUCGCUCACCUUGGAUGAUGAUAACGAAGCUCCGCCUGCAAUUAAUGAACUGGAAUUCAAUAAUUUGCUUGAAUCGGUGAACUGCGGUUACCUCCCAGACUAUGGGGUAAUUCUGUGCAAAUCACUGCACAAUGGCACGUCGUGCGGCUAUGGUGUUCCGCUUGAGAAAUUGAUGACACACUGUUACUCUUCUACAAGACUAGCAGAUUCCAGCCCUCGCGGACUACAUCAGAUCCCAUUUUGUAAAACAUCGAAAACACCGAGCGCUCUUCAAAUCCAGUUCAUGAAAGAUAUCCUCUUGAACUACCCAGAUAUUGUGGCUACUUGUGGAGAGCUACGCGACCUUCGCCCGUUGCCAAACCAAUACGGUCCAAUCCUACACAUUCGCCCUCCCAUCCCAGGAUUUGUGUGCCCAAAAUGUGAUUAUGCUCUUCCUGAAGCCUGCGGCACUCAUUUGCUGGCGGAACACUGGAACCAGCAUGUUGAAAAGAAGACGUUGGGGGUCAGACGCCCAAUUCCUAUCCGAGAUUGUUUCUUGAAAUGCCCGAUCCAGUCAUUUGACCAAGAUGCUAACGCGCGGACCUGGUUCGCAGUCCGACGACAUCAGCAGUGGUCUAGUAGCAACCUACUACCCUCCACACGUGGUGAAGAGACAAGCCCAGCCAGCAGCAUGCUGGCUUCGUUACUUUCCAGGCAUCAAGCAGAUAUUGCCGACUCACAAGUUAAUGAAGCAGCAGUUGUACCUUUUUUUCUGCAGGUGGGUGCGAUGAAACAUAUCCAGCCCUAUCAGUCGAAAGAGUUGCACGAGCUUGUGGAUUUGCCCAGGCAAUCCGAUACUUCACUCUGGAAACUCAAGCGCGCGGUGACAAAGCGCUUCCUGGAGCUAUGCGAGACUGUACCUAACACUAACUCUGUGGUGCGCCAGUUAUUGGUGGCCCCUCGAUCAGGUGAAAAAGGAACCUCAGAAAGAUUCAAUGUGCCCGCUAGAAUAAAGACCCGCGUUUCAUACGCUUUGGAGGAAGUUCGACUAAUAUCAAUCAUUCUCAGAUGUAUAUCAGAUCGUGCAUAUGCAAUAGCUGGUUCCGUCCCGCCUCUGCAGCCAUCAUCCUCUAAGUAUCGGCUUACCUUAAAUGAAGAACAGCUGAAGGCUGGCCUCUCGCUCACGUAUCUCCUGCAGAAUGCGCUGGUGGAUGAUGCAAGCCUACAGGAAGGCAUUUCAUCCCUGCUCAAUGCUGUUUACAUGCCCAGGAACACCCUUCAAAUGUUUGCCAACAGCUAUGUCAAUCCGACCAUAGCCUAUAUAUGCUUGCGGUCGGUCCACGCAGACGGAGGCUUUGAGUCUCCUACCUUGCUUACACCGUACCAUGUCAAGACCCAAUUUGGGAUCCGCCUGCAUGUGCUGGGGUUCAUUAACCAGGAGUACCAAGCCUUCGUGGCAAAAAACAAUUCCAUCCGGAAGAAUGGCGCUAUCAAAAAUGGGAGUAAGGUGCAGCACAAAGGAAGAAGAAUGGUGGUGUGCUCUGGCGAUGAACUGGACGACGCUGAUGAGACUCUAGAUGCAGUGGCGGCAGAUGAUGCUGCAGAGUGGAUGAAGUUCGUUACAGACACCAUCGGACGGUGGGUGGCAGACCAGAAAAUUUCUCCCUUUGCGAUCGUGCGGGAGUGGAUUCGAGCCCUUAGCAGAAUUGCUCGCAACACCCCUUCUCCUGCCAUGGUUGUGUGGGACCAGGCUGGCGAGCAGGUUCGGGUCCACGGUCAUGUUAUUAUUGUCGAGCAAUACAAGGCAGCGCUUCAUAGCACCCUCCAGGACACCAUCGCAUUCUUCCACGAAAAAGUGCUGAAAGGAAUUCAAGUUUCUCCUGCAGCUUUCACGCUCCCCACUUACGACAGCUAUGAUCAGAAAACUCGUAGCCACGGCCUCUUUCCGCUAUCUUUAAGUGACUUCCAAAAUCCAGGCAAUCCCGCAUCACUUUUCUUAGACGCUCUGGCUUCGCAAGGCAUCCUCUGCAAAGUUUCAGUCGAUGGGAAUAUUCAGUGGGAUCCCAACCAAGUCCGCAAAUGGCUGGCCGAUAUCUCUGGGGUAUUAAGUCAAAUAUAUAUACUACUCCAUAUGCUAUCGCCUCCGGGUCGCGGAACAGAGGAGGUACUUUGGCAGCACGGCAAUUCUAAGGAAUCUCGUCGCCACCUGUUCUUAUCUAGGACCAUUGACACCCUCGUUAUGAUAGGAAAUUAUGAUAAAGGAACGUACACUUCUGGGGUUUACAAGUGUAUUGUUCGGGUCAUUCAGUAUCAAGUUGCAGAGUUACUUGCAGCCUUCCUUCGGGUGGUCCGGCCUGUUGAAUUACUUUUGACUCUGACAUCUGAAGCUCGGACAAAGGAAAGUAAAGCAGAGGCAGCAUCCUUGUACCAGACGCGGCUGUUCGUGACCUCGGGGAAGGGCUGGGAGCCCAGUCAGCUCUCAGCUACAAUUCAGGAAUGGUAUAUGAAACAUCUGCAAUUGCCCAUUGGCAUGCGCGUGCAUCGACAUUUCGCCCAAGCUCUCCAGCGAGUGCUUUAUCCUCGCUCUGGACCCUUGGAUGAGAACGUUAGGCGACUCAAUGACGUGGCCAACUUAGCCAUGGGACAUGGCAGGGAAGCUGGGGAGAUGCAUUAUGCUAGGGAGGAGAGGGACAUUCUUGCUGUGUCCCAGCAUGAGGCAUUUGAGUACGUAGGCCAGGAUUGGUUGAGGUUCCUCAAUUUUGAGGUUACCAAGCCGAGCAGCCCUUGA